AUGUUCUCAAACCAUCCUUUCCAAGGUAGAAAGCUUAGCGACCAAGAGCGUGCGCGUGUGUUGGAGUUCCAGGAGUCAAUCCACUACUCGCCGCGCUACUCGGACGACACGCACGAGUACCGGCACGUGAUGCUGCCGAAGGCCAUGCUCAAGGUGAUACCCUCCGACUACUUCAAUUCCGAGACCGGGACGCUGCGUAUCCUGACGGAGGACGAGUGGCGCGGGUUGGGCGUGACGCAGUCGCUGGGAUGGGAACAUUAUGAGUGCCACGCGCCGGAACCGCACAUUCUGUUGUUCAAGCGGCCACUGAACUUCGAGGCGGAACUGCGGGCGGCGCAGCAGCAGCAGUAUGGGCGGUAG